CUGGACUAAAUAGAGCAGGUAGCUCGGGCAGAUGACUAUGGGUCAUUUUGUUGUUGCGCAGUGAGGAACAGAAGGGACACUGAAGAGCUCUGGGUCUGCUAACUGGGUGAAACGAACAAGAGAACACAACUAAGAUUAACACAUCUUUCCAGCCUUAGCAGAGAAGCUUCCCGUCCCCCAGUAGAUGAUGAUUUACAUGGAGACGCACAACUGGUCAAGUCAUAGAGAAGAAGAGAUGGCAUACUGUUUAGCCCUAGAUGGGACCUUUCUAUCACACCCUCUCUGCCAAAGGCCCAGGGACCCUGUAGAGCCUGGGUCAAUGCUAAGAGCCAGAGGCAAUGGCAGACUGCAAGGAAACUGUUUUCUGGAUCUGGUAGGACCGUUGUACACACAGACUCAGCACUUGCGGCAGCGUGCACAAGGUCUGGAGAAGAUCAAGCCUGGCAGAAUCCAGGGUGGAAAGGGACGGUUCCCGGUCGCUCUAGAAGACUUCUACUGGGAGACAGCAAAUGUCCGAGCCCUGGGACCUUUUGAGAAAAAAAAAAAACAGAUCUGUGUCCAUGUCAUCCAGAGAGAAGCAAAGGUGCACAUCGUCUUCGUGGUACAGCAGGACACUAAGUGGACCACGCCCCACACUCGAACCACAAAAGCUUGGACAGGCCCAGGUCACUCUUGUGAUCUCUGCCUGGAAUUGCUUCUGGAAACAUCAUGUGACGAUCUUGAGGUGGCGAUAAAGAUUUUCUGGGACAUGUGGGGUUAGACAAAGACUCCGACAUCAUGUGUCUACGGUCUCUAGGAAUAUUGACAAUAUCUCCUACUGAGAGGAGGGCAGAGGCCCCAUGCCAGAUAAGUGGGAACGGGUAAGGCCUUUUGUGACUCCAGCCACAUCUAUGCACCCAGCAAGCAACAUAUAAAGCAAUGGUCAACUGAGCUCUCAGUGAAGGCCCCUCCUGGUGAGAUGAAGUCCGUCUUCUUCAGCCUUUCUCUGCUCCUCCUUCUGGAGAAGCAAGCAGCUGGGAUAGGAAUCUACGGUGAGACAAAAGGACACUUUCUAGUAAAAACGUCCCCAGUUGUAUAUUUCCAGAAAGACCAUUUCCAGUAUGGGUCCAGAAGAGCACAGGAGGAUGGAGCUGAAGAAAGCAGUUUUGAGCAAACUAAGCACCGUGUGUAUGGCCAGGAUGCUGAUGCUGACCUGGGAGAGACUCAGAGCUCACAGCAACAGACAGGUGUAAGCGAAGACAUAGCUUGUAAUGAAGAAGAUGAGAUUAGCCAACAAAAAUCCCGACUUCAGUCCCAUUCACAAAUAAAAUCCCAAACACAAGUAAAAUCCCACGUAGCCCAGGUGAAGUCCCAAACAGGCCAGCUCAAGACCCUAGGCCAGGUGAAAUCACAAAUCAAGCUGAAAUCCCACAGAGCCCCUCUGAAAUCCUCCCAGGCAUCACAAACUCUCCAGGAAGCCUUUCCUCAGCAAAUCAAGGGCAAAGCACAUGCCCUGGAUGAAGACCAGGCCCAAGUGCGUCAGCAGCAUAAAAUGGUUCACAGGCUCAAAAGCAGGCUUGGCUGGGCCAAGAGAGCAGCAGAGUUCCUUCCGUAUUUCAGACAGCACUUCCAUGGCUAUGAUGAGUAUUUUGUGCAGUUUCAAGGACAACUGCAGGGUGGAAUUCAUCCCACAAAGCCUUUCCACCAAGCUCAACAGACGUGCUACUGUCCAAACGGAGAGUUAAUCCUGUAUCAAGACGCCUUCACAGAAUAACACGUUCCCUAUCGGUCAAGGCCAGGACACAUUUAGAGGUAAGUGUCUCAGCUGGCGGGAGAGCUACCUACCCAGUGUUUGUAGGUGGAACACGGGGGACUGCCUGGGCCCAGUGUGAGAUUGGUAGUGAGGCCCACAGCAAUGGAUGUGCUGACAGCAAAGUGUGUGGAGCUGAGCUCCAUUCUCUGUGAAGCAAGCACCCGGCAGAGGCAGAGCAAGCUACCUGAGCUCUCAGUGUGCCUCAAAUUCCUCUUCUUAGGGAGUCUCUUCUACAUUUAUUUUGCACAUGUGCAGCUAUUCUGCUCUGAACACACAGCACUUAGAAGAUCAUGUAAAUUUAAGAUGUAUUUUUGUAACUUCUUAUGCUUUCCAUGGAUAUGGUUCACUUUCUUGCUACGUUGUUACAAAGCAUGAGUGCUUUUGUUUCACAUACCAAUUAGUGUUCUUCCAUCCCAUAUAGGGUUCCCUUAUCCUAUAGAGACUACUGAUCCAUGGGGUUUUGCUUCAUCUUUGUGAAUAAAGGCAGUAAAUGAGUCCUAAGAACCAUCCCUGUUUGUGAUGCGGGAACUGUGAAAAGGGAGGCACCAGGGUGGUGAGGGGUCCGUUCCAGGGGAUGUUUGCUCUAUCAGGAGAGAAAUCUUCCGCCCACCCGGGGAGGAAAAGGAUCUCACCUGCAUGUUUGCAUCAAGGGGCACUUCGUGUGAAGGGAAGGAAAGCAACAGAACUGUGGGCCCAGUGACCAGUCGUGGCUCCAAAUGGCCAUAAUUUGGUCCAAGCAGACAAGGGACCUGGCCACACUCACUUCCUGUCUGUUGGUUUUCACUCUUGUGCAUGCCCAUCUAUGUCCUCUCUCCAGAGGAGUCGCCUGACCUGUGUGGACCGUGAUGUCUUCAAGAUGCCGACUCCCUUGCCGUCCUAGAUGCUCUUGAUCCCCUCACACUGCUGCCCCUAAGGCUUUCUUACCUGGGCGCAUCCUCACACCAAUGCUCACUAAUAAAGAGAUCCUAUCUGACUUCAUUUGCUUUCGAGUAUUGAAAUCUCCAUUUCCUACUAGUUUUGGGGCUUGAUAGCAUCCCUUCAAAUGACAGUUCCAAAUUGAAGUGUCAGAACAUUCUUGUAGCAUUACAGAUAAUAGCAAACACGUGUUUCCCAAUAAAGACAAUAGUUCGGCAUCAGUUGCUUUUAACAUGUUUCUAUGCUAUGAUUACGUGUGUGUGUGUGUGUGUGUGUGUGUGUGUGUGUGUGUGUGUGUGUAUGAGUGCAUAUUCUUGCCUGCCAGGUAUGCUUACGAAGUUCAGAAGAUAACUGAACUUCGUAAAGUAGUUCUCUAAAGUAGAUUGGUGCUCCCAGGAGCAGAUAUAUCUCAUUGUCAUUAAAAAAAAAAAGAGCUCAUGUUACUAAAACAUAUUAAAUGCCAUAUUCUGUAGAUCUCUGAAGU